AUUCUCAGCCAUGCUUAUCACAACUUCAUUAGCAAAACAAAAGCCAUAGGUUACUACUCUUCGCCUUUUCCUUUGCAAUUGUUACCAAACAAUUCUUGCUUAGCCCUUACAAGCAAGCAUUAACAACAAUGAAGAAAGUAGUGUUAAAGGUGGGCUUACAUGAUGAUAGAAUCAAGCGAAAAGUUAUGAGAACAGCAUCUGGUCUUUCAGGGGUUGAAUCAGUUUCUAUUGACAUGAAAGACGAGAAAAUGACCUUAUUAGGGAACAUUGAUCCAGUGAAUGCAGUGUGCAAGCUACGAAAGUGUUGUCAAACUGAAAUAGUUACAGUUGGUCCAGCAAAAGAGGAUAAGGAGAAAGAGAAGGUGGAGCCAGUAAAAGAACCUGUUCCUCUCAAACUCUAUGAUGCCUAUCCCUAUUAUUAUCAAAUGACACCCCCACUGUAUAUGUAUAGUUAAAAUUUAACAUAGGCUAGAAGUUUUGAAGAGAAUCCUAUAAAGCUGUGUCAUCUGCUAAAUUUUAGAAUAUUGAAUAUUAGGAGUAUUAUUUUCAGCAAAAAAAAUAAAAUAAUGCAUGUAUGCAUGCCUUCGUAAUGUCUUUGGCUUUUCCUGCAACACACGUCUUCUUAUAGUAUAGUUUAUUGGAAGUAAAGGCAUCAUAAUGAAUGUGAAUGACACAAGUUUACACUA